CCUCAACCCGCAGACCUGGCCGUGAGGAGGAAGGAGGCAGUCAGGGAGGGGUAGGCAGCGACCUCAUCACGAUACGGAGCAGUGAACCAUCUAUAUAUGAACCCAACCAGACAGACGUCACCGAGCUCAGUCGCCAUUGUAAUUGCAAAGGAUCCAUUUUUUUCCCCGGUGGUGAGGGGAAAGCAAAUAUUUGAUGGCAAAUUGGAAACCUCAGCGGCGCUGUGUGGCUCCAGAAGGAGGUAGCAAAACGUUAGCACGCUAACAAGUUCCCUGCCACGGCUGUCUAACUGGCUGCCAUUGACCUCUCUUGAUGGAUCCCAGAGGACAACAAAGGAAAAACACAAUCUGUGAGCACAGCCAAUAACGAGGGAACCCGAUCUAAAGCAUAUCAUCUCACUGACUUCAGUGCAUGUGGCCCAUUACAUCGUUCACAGACAUCUGCUAGGCAGCUCAAGGGCCUACUGCUAUGCACUAUAAACUGGGAGACGUGAGAGGUGGGGAUGCUGGGAGGUGCAGGUUUCUUUCCAGUAGGACUGUCUCCCUGAUAAUAGGACUUCUGAUAGCUAUGGCUCAGAGUGCUGCACUGGAACAGCAAGACACACAGGUGGAGAUGUUCACGAUGCAAUUGGAGGCUUCCAUGCAGUCGUCUGUGCUCUCCGAGCUCCAGUCUGCUGCUUUGGCCACGCCGGAAUCAUCUGUGAAGAAUGGGGGAGUACAGAAUGGCAUCCCUGACUCUUCAGCUAUUGUGGGCCAGGUGUUUCAGAUGAGGAUUCCACUGGUAUCUGACAGUGCAAGCUGUAAUCUCCAUCUUACUGAAAUGGGACAGCCAGCAUUACCAUCAUGGCUCUAUUGGGACAAAGAAAACUGUAUUCUGAGAGGCUUGGCCCUGGAGCAAGAUAAAGGUGUGUAUCAUAUCUCAGUGUCUGGACAAGACAUGAAUGAGAAGACCGGCAGCCAAGAGUUCCCCAGUACGGUCUUCUCUAUUGAAAUAUACCCAGAGGAGCGGGCAGACACUGAACCAUCCCUGCUCACUCUACAGUCUAAUAGCAGUGGCCUGCAGCCUUUCACUUGUGGCCCUGAGGAACCUGUCACUGUCCUCACUGUCAUACUGGAUGCUGACUUGACAAAGAUGCUUGCUGAACAGAGGGUCAGUUUACUGACCGUUAUGAGAAAAUUCUCACAUGUUCCCGUUGAGCACAUGAGGCUUGUCCCUGUUGUCAACAACCGCUUAUUUGACAUGUCUGCUUUCAUGGCCGGACCAGGGAAUGCCAAGAAAGUGGUGGAGAAUGGAGUUCUGCUGUCAUGGAAACUUGGAUGUGCCCUUGACCAGGGCAAUAUCCCUGACAUCAGCAUUGUUCAGUCCUCUGCAAAGGAUGGGACCAUGUCAGCCAAACUUGCAUAUCCAGUGGUUGGCUGGCAUAUUGUGAACAAAAAGCCCCAUGCAGUGAAACGUGUCAAACGACAGUUGUACAACACUCCUACUCCAGUGCCCUCCCUGCUUCCGCCAACUAGUUACCCAGAGCCACCUCUACGUGUUGUUCCAACCCCAACUUCACCCUCAAUUGCCCCAGCAACUGAUCACUCUGCACCUCCUGUACGUGGCCCUUUACCUCUUCCUGUUAAGCCCACAAUGAGGAUAAGAGAUCAGAUUGCCCAUACACCUGUUUUAGGUCCCCCUCAACCCACCAAGGUAUUGGGAUCCACCAGCACCAUGCUCAUCCAGCCUACAAUGACCAGACCUACAUUUGUGGAAGCCACUGCUUUACCAACACUACCAAGCACCACCAAAAAACCCAAACCUUCAAGCACAAGAAAGCCCAAGAAACCCAAGACGUCAACACCAGCUCCCCGAGAGCCCAAAUCUACCACAGCAAAACCGCCUAAACGCACCACUCCUCUCUCCUUGGCUCCAGACUUGAAUCAGAUGCCAGAGAUCCGCAACCCAAUUGAUCAGGUAAAUGCAUGGGUUGGCACAUACUUUGAGCUCAAGAUUCCUCCCGAUACAUUCUUCGACAAAGAGGAUGGCACAACAGACAAGCUGCGUUUGACUUUGAAGCACCCCCCCAAGGAGUCGGUCAGUGAAUUGUCUUGGAUUCAGUUCAACAGCACCAUCCAGCUUUUGUAUGGACUUCCUGAGGAGCAACACAAAGGCAAACACGAGUACUUCAUGCUUGCCACUGAUAAAGGUGGGAAGAGUGUCAUGGAUGCGUUUGAGGUUCAAGUAAACCAUUGGUCUACUAACGAUAAACCACCAGUCGUUUUUGCCGCCCGUUUCCAUGGUGACCCCACAACCCUAAGCAGUGAUGUCCAUAAAAAGAUUCUUUUGACAAAAAAGUUAGCUUAUGCACUGGGUGAUCGCAAUAGCAGCACAGUGACCCUUCGAAGCAUCACUAAGGGCUCCAUUGUGGUAGAAUGGACCAAUAAUAGUCUCCAGCAGAAUUCUUGUCCAAAGGACCAGAUCACGGCUCUCAGCAACAGGAUUGCUGAUCCACAAGGGACACCAAAACCAGCCUUUGUCAAAUCUAUGGAGCCUGAAUUCAAACCCAUUAACAUCUCUGUUCGUGGCACCAAUAAAUGUCAAAGCUACACCUUCAUUCCACCAGGUGAAGUUCCGCCAAGCCCCCAUCUUCCUACAGCUACACCUUCACCUGGGACAGGUCGUAGAAGCAGUGACGAUGUCUAUCUGCACACUGUCAUCCCUGCUGUUGUGGUAGCAGCACUCUUAUUAAUUGCAGGCAUCAUUGCUAUGGUCUGCUAUCGUAAGAAGCGCAGAGGGAAGAUGACCAUGGAGGAGCAGGCUACCUUUAUCAAAAAAGGAGUUCCCAUAAUAUUUGCAGAUGAACUAGAUGAUUCAAAGUCCCCCCCAUCCUCCAGCAUCCCUCUUAUUCUUCAGGAGGAAAAGCCACCACUCCCUCCCCCAGAAUACCCGAACAUGGCUGGUCCCCACAGUACUCUGCUAAACCAAGACUUGUUGGAAGAGUAUUCUGUGUAUCAAGAUGAUGAUCCCAAUGCACCUCCUUACCAGCCCCCACCACCUUUUACUGUCCCCAUUGAAGGAAAAGGCUCUCGUCCCAAGAACAUGACCUCCUACAGGUCACCACCCCCCUAUGUUCCUCCCUAACACACACACUGAAGCUUUCAGCUUGGAAUUCAGGUGCACUGUAGGGAUGCUUGUCAAACUACUGACUACAGACGUAACUUUUCUUGAAUUUCAAUGCAGGCGACCAUACGUAUAUUUUGACCAUCAUGGAUAAGAUAAUUCAACGUUCUACUGGAACAGGCAAAAUAGAUGGAGAACAGUUUGUAAUUCCAUUACUUUUCCUUCUCUUUUUUGUUCUUCAGGUCUGCUUUUGACUUUCAAAUGCUUUGUCUGUUUUGCCCAGAAGAAGAGUCAAUUUUAUCUUCAAUGAUGUACUAUUUCUAUUGUAUAGAACAUAAUAGAGCAGGAGAGACUGAAGCCCACCGGGCCUUUUAGCAGAUGUUACCAUGACAACAGACUUGAGGCUCUCCCUUGCCGUGGUAUUAUUUGAGAGCUGUAUCACUCUUAUCUGUCCUUCAGCUUGGUUUACUAAGAUGUUGCACCUGUUAAUUCUAGAGGGCAAUUUAACACCAUAAGCCAAACUGAAAGCAUAGAACAUUUUAUUAAAGGGUAAUGAUUUCAUUCUAUUUUCUGUCCUAUACCAGUUUUUUGUUUUGUUUUGUUUUUUUAACAGUCACACACUUCACAUUUAGAAGUAAUUGUUCAACCACGUCUCGCACACAAUUGACCAUAUAAUUCCAAUUAGAAGCGUUUCAAAUUGCAUUGUUGAACUUUUAACAUAAUGGAGAUUCCUCACAAGGGAGAUUUUAAUUGAUGUGACCUGUUGUUGAAGUAGACUAAUUUAGUUAGAAACAAUUAAAAUAUAUAUUUUUUAUUUUUGUGCCACUGAACUUGCCGUCAGAGAUGUUUUGUGUUGUUGCUAUAGUGACUGGUCAGAGAAGCUGCUAUGUCAAGUGAAGGGGCCAGUGGAAUGCUGUUUCAUCAAAGAGUGACAGUUGAACAUAUAUCACUUUAAAAAUAAAAAAAAGAAAAAUGUCUUUUCUUUGUAUUUCCAUUACCCAAUUAAGUAUGUCUUGUGUGUGUGUGUGUGUGUGUGUGUGUGUGUGUGUGUGUGUGUGUAUACACUCCUGAUCAAAAUCUUAAGACCAGUUGAAAAAUUGCUAGAAUUUGCAUUUUGCACAUUUGGAUGUUAAUGAGGUUUUAAGUAGAGCUACAAUAUGCAAAAACAAGAAGGGGGAGUGAGACAAAAAACACUUUGAAAAGUAAUUUAUUGAAAACAACAAUUAAACUGAAAUAGGCUGUUUAUCGGCUGAUCAAAAGUUUAAGACCAUCGCUCAAAAAAUGCUCCAAACCAGAACCAAAAAUGUUCUCAGUAGGACUCAGUAAUGAGUAGCUCCACCUUUCUUGUUAAUCACUUCAAAAAUUGGUUUGGGCAUGCUUGAUGCGAGUGUUUCCAGGAGGCUAGUGGGAACAUAGUGGGAACCAAGUGGUGAAGAUGGCUUCAUGAAAGGCAUCAACUGUCUGGAACUGAUGGCCAUUUUUAUAAACUUCCCUUGCCAUCCAUCCCCAAAUGUUCUCUAUGGGAUUUAAAUGAGGGGAACAUGCAGGAUGGUCCAAAAGAGUGAUGUUAUUCUCCCUGAAGAAGUCCUUGGUCAAGCGAGCAUUGUGAACUGCAGCGUUGUCCUGUUGAAAAACCCAGCUGUUAGCACACAGACGAGGGCCCUCAGUCAUGAGGGAUGCCCGCUGCGACAUCUGCAUGUAAGCGGCCCCCGUUUGACGACCACCACCUGAAGCUCCAGUGUUCCACUGAAUGAAAAAGCAUCCCAGACCAUGAUGGACCCCCUCCACUGUGCCGGGUAGAAAACAUCUCAGGUGGGAUCUCCUUGUCAUGCCAGUAACGUUGGAAGCCAUCUGGACCGUCAAGGUUACAUUUUUUCUCAUCAGAGAAAAAACUUUUUUCCACCUUUCAAUGUCCCAUGUUCUAAAGGGGCAGUUUUGUGGCGUUGAAGGAGACGAAGUCUUUGAAUUCCUUUUUUGUUUUUUAAACCUUUUUCCCGCAGAUGCCGUCUGAUGGUUAUUGCGCUGCAGUCGGCACCAGUAAGGGCCAUAAUUCGGGUCGAAGACCGCCCUGUGUCUUGAUGGCCAGUCGGAUCCUCCGGCUUAGCGCACGUGUGUGUUUUUUUUUUUUUUUUAGUCUACCACUUGACUUUUUGUUCCAUAAUGUUCAGGAUCUUUCAAAAAAUGUAGAAUGACUGAUUUACUGCACCCAACCUCAGCAGCAAUGGCACGCUGCGAGAGGCCUUGCUUAUGCAGCUCGACAAUCCGACCACGUUGAAAAAGAGAAAGCUUCUUAGCUUUAGCCAUCAGGAGGGCAUGACAGUGUGAAUGCUUGACAGAAAAUGAACAUUUUGAGCAGAUUUGGCUUUUAUAGCCUGUGGUCUUAAACUUUUGAUCAGGUGAUAACCUAUUUCAGUUUUUUUGGUUUGUUUAAAUUACAAGUUCCAAAUGUUUUUUGUCUCACUUCCACUUCUUGCUUUUGCAUAUUGUAGCUCUACUUAAAACCUCAUUAAGAUCCAAAUGUGCAAAAUGCAAAUUUUAGCAAUUUUUCAACUGGUCUUAAGAUUUUGAUCAGGAGUGUAUGUAUGUAUGUAUACACACACACACACACACACUCUCUUUCUUUCUAUGUUUUAACUUUUUUUGGGGCCAAACCAUGUACCUAACUUAAGUGUGAUACAGCUGAAAGCAUACAUUUAAAAUAAAUUUGGAUUUUUUUGGACACGGACAGAAGCUAAACUUGAAACUUUUAAAGAGAUAUGUAUGUUGAGUGUAACCGUUUAUCUCAACCUGUGAGUGUUUCAAGUUUGGUUUGUCACAUGUCGACCCUCCAUGGAGAUGAGUUAUGGUUUGAAGUGAUACUGAGUGAACUGUUGAUGAAAAUAAAAGUCAGCACAGCAUGGAGUCAGCCCGAGCAUUCAGUUGCUCUGAGGAGUGGCGGGGGCUGCAGGGCCAUCGCUGUUACUCUAGCUGUCGCACAUAGGGAUGUAAAUAAUUGUGUGCCUGUGAAAUUUAAAAACAAAAAAAAAGAAAAUCAAUAAUGUUAGUGUUUUACCAGUCAACCUAGUUGGGAACGGAAGGGCCACAGUGGGAAAUAAUUUUAUUUUUUGAUUGUAUGUUUAGAUUUACGAGCACUACCAUGGUAAUGGACUUUUAAGUGUGCAAAGGUACAUUAAAAGUUAACCUGCCCACCACAAAGAAAUAGCAUCAUCUGAAUAUGAUUGCAACAAAUAUGUGAAUUAUGUACAUUUCAUACCUGAUAUCACCAUUAGAAAAAUGUAAAAAAAAAAAAAAAAAUCUAAUGUUUUUACUGAGUUUUUGAUACAGUCUUAAACUUGUUUUAUGAAGGUAUAUUAAUAAAAUGUAAUACUAUUUGUAAAGCCUCAAAAUGGUCUACUGUCACUUUUUUGGAAGUUAUUGUCAUGUACGUUAAAGAGAUCAUCAGAUUCUCCAGACAGGUUCUAUACUGCAUUCAGUGAAGUCAUGUUAUACUCGUUACGUUCGUCCCUCAUCACGUCUGUUUGAAUUUCACAGCUUCAUAGGUUUUUCCAAGAUAUGUUAAUAAAUCAUGCAUAUUUCAGCAAAUGUUAUUUUAUUUUAUUGCCAAAAUUAAGCAUUUUCAAGUGUAAAAAUGGCAAAAUGAACUAAAAUACAAAUAGAAGGCAUUAGGAAGGCGCAUUCAAGAUUCAAAGUGUCAUGUGCACAGUAACGAAACACGUUUCCCUGUACUGUCCACUCAGAAUACCAGCUUAAAAAA